CUACCAGAUCCUUCUGGACGGCACGUUCUGCCAGGCGGCGCUGCGGGGUCGCAUCCAGCUGCGGGACCAGCUGCCCCGCUACCUAAUGGGAGAGACCCAGCUGUGCACCACGAGUUCCUAGGAAAAGAAGUCAAGACUGGAGAUUGAAACCUUUGCCCGUUUAUAAGUACCAAUCAAAUGUCAAGCGCUGCUCCCGAACUGAGAACACUUCGUGGGCAGGACAGAGGUCCAGCCUUCGUGGACUGUAAGUGUGUAAAGUCAACUCUCAGUGGCUGUUUUCAUCCCACAUCUGUGCCUCCUUACUUCAUAUGUGUGUUAAAGGAGUUAGAGACUCUGGGAAAGGAACUAUAUGGAGCAAAGCUGAUCGCACAGAAGUGCCAGGUUCGAAAUUGUCGUCAUGUCAAGAGUGCAGUGAGUGGAUCAGAGUGCCUCCUGUCCAUGGUGGAGGAGGGAAACCCUCAUCAUUAUUUCGUGGCAACACAGGAUCAGGAUUUAUCUGUGAAACUAAAGAAAACUCCUGGGAUUCCUCUCAUGUUCAUCAUUCAGAACACUAUGGUCUUGGACAGGCCUUCUCCCAGAACAGUGGCCUUUGUGAAGGCUGUUGAGUCAGGCCAGCUGGUCUCAGUGCACGAGAAACAAAGUAUCAAGCAACUGAAGGAGGAGCAAGGCUUAGUGAGGAGCCGGGAACCUAGGAGGAGGAGGAAAAAGAAGGUAGGCGGCCCCAAUCCUCUCAGCUGCUUGAAGAAAAAGAAGAAAGCACAGGACACAAAGUCACCUGCUUCAGAAAAGAAGAGGAAACGGAACAGAAUCCGGAACAGAUCUACCCCGAAAGUACUCCCUGAGCAGCAGGGCGUGGAAGGAUGAUGCUUGCUGGGGAUGCUCUGGAAGGCGAUGAGGAGACUCAUUUCCUUGAGAACUGUGAAAGAGUUUACAGCAAAGACUAGACUUAUUUUUCUAAGUUAAUACUGGCUCAUACACUUUUGCCUAAAUUAAAGAGUGGUUGGGUUUCUUUAUUA